UGCUGAACUGUGUGCGGUGGGAGGGGGAAAAAUGGCCGCUUGCGGAGCGACACUCGGAAUGAUGAGCGACAACAACACAAACACAACCCCUUUUAAAUGUGACAGCUGACCCGAACCGACACCAGCACACACACCGGCUUCCAAACGGAUGGGUAUCGCGGCCGGUGGCGGGGGAGGUCAGGAACGACAGCGUUUGUGUUCAAGUUAUAAUGUGCGGGAAAUAGGUGAGUUAGCUAGCCUGCUAACGUUAGCCGCGCGCUAAACUGGAGCUGAACGAACUAGAACCAGAACAAGAUACACGAAAACAGACCACAGCAGCUGCAUUAUCACUGCUAGGAUGAGCGAACCGGGUCAAGACAGCGAGUCAGAGGCCAAAGUGCUUCAUAUUAAACGGCUGUACAGGGCUGUUGUGGAAACGGUGCAUAAGUUGGAUAUUAUAAUCAGCGGCAAGUCAUCAUAUAGGGAGGUCUUCAAACCUGAGAAUAUCAGUUUGAGGAACAAAUUGCGGGAACUUUGUGUAAAGCUGAUGUUCCUGCACCCUGUGGACUAUGGACGCAAGGCAGAAGAGCUGCUGUGGAGGAAGGUCUACUAUGAGGUCAUUCAGGUCAUCAAGACCAACAAGAAGCAUAUUCACAGCCGCAGUGCUCUGGAGUGCGCCUACAGGACCCAUCUGAUCGCUGGGGUGGGUUUCUUUCAACACCUGCUGCUCUACAUCCAGUCACACUAUCAGCUGGAGUUACAGGACUGCAUCGACUGGACACACGUCACUGACCCACUCAUCGGUCGUAAGAAACCAGUCUCAGCCACCCCUAAAGAGAUGGAGUGGGCCCAGAUGGCGUGUCACAGAUGCCUUGUGUACUUGGGAGAUCUUGCGCGGUACCAAAAUGAACUGGCGGGAGUGGAGGCAGAGCAGCUGGCGGAGCGCUUUUAUCACCAGGCCCUGUCUGUCGCACCUGACGUCGGCAUGCCGUAUAAUCAGCUGGGUACGCUUGCUGGAAGUAAAUUUUAUAACGUGGAGGCUACUUACUACUACUUGCGCUGUAUUCAGUCGGAGACUCCCUUCGAUGGCGCUUAUGGGAAUUUAAAGCGUCUGUUUGACAAGGCAGCCAAGAUGUACCACCAGGUGAAGAAACAGGAGAUGAAAAAACUGUCACCAUCACGCCAGAGGUCAAAAGACAUCAAAAGACUGCUGGUGAGCUUCAUGUAUUUGCAGAGCCUGCUGCAGCCCAAGAACAGUCUGAUGGAGACGGAGCUGACAUCACUGUGCCAGUCUGUGCUGGAAGACUUUAACCUGGUGCUGUUCUACCUCCCACUUCCUCCUCAUGGCAGCCAGUCAGCCAGUGAGGAGGAGGAAGAGCACGACUCGGUCUGUUCUGUGCUUCCUGACAGCCUCAUAUUCAAGAUGGUGGUGACUUGUCUUAUGGUGGUGCACAGUUUGAAGAGAGGGGCUUCAAAGCAGUACAGUGCCUCCAUCGCUUUCACGUUGGCUCUGUUCUCCCAUUUGGUCAAUCAUGUCAACAUUCGACUGCAAGCUGAACUGGAGGAGGGCGAGAGUGGCGUCCCACCUCUGCGCACUGAUAACACUGACGACGCUGAUGCCAGAGAUCAUGGUAGUGCUGCUCUCUCAGAGGAGAGAACCCUGCAGAACGGCUCCCUAGAAGAAGAUGAUGAAGAGGAGAACGAGGAGAAGAAGAACAAGGAAGACGAGCCUAAGGGGAACGGAAGGACAGCGGGGACAAAGAAAAGCCUGGAGGAGAAAAGAUCAGCUGAGGAGAAGCAAAAACAGAAGCGGAAGUUCUCACGGCUCUCUAUGCUUCGCCGCAGACGCUGCGCUCACAAGGAGGACGAGAGCGACCUGAGCGAGGGAUUUGAGAGUGAUGAAGAAGAGGAUGAGGAAGGCAGCGGUCUGGUCGACAGUGUGGGAGUUACUACAGUCCAGAUGAACUCUUUAGGAAGGGAAGGGCGGAGGGGACCACUGCCAGAGGAUGGCAACUGGGAAAGUGGUUCGGAGGAGGAUGAGGGCGGCACGGCGUUUGACGUCGAGACGGACUCCGACAUGAACAGUCAGGAAUCUCGUUCAGACAUCGAAGACAUGGAGGAUGCAGAGAAUGUGCCACAACAACAGCAGCAACAAGAGGAAGAUGAGCAACCGCAACCGUCUAGGGAGGAGAACUCUACACCUCCAGUAACCAAUGGCCCGUUAGUGUCUAAUGACGCAAGCAUCAGCAGUAACCUGCAGGCCAUGUCCUCUCAGCUAUUCCAAGCCAAACGCUGCUUUCGACUCGCCCCCACCUUUAGCAAUGUACUGCUCCACCCUGCAGCUCCCACUAACCCCGUUCCAGAAUCAAACCCUGCCCCAGUCCAAGAAGCCACGCCUCAUACUGGAGAAAUACCACAAAGCAUGAGUCCAGAGAUUGCUAAUGGAACCAAUGACAAUGAUUCUGAUUCUGAGGGCAGUGAGCACAGCAACCAUUCGUUUCACAGUGAGAAAACCCUUUCUGAGCGACUGGUGAUUCUGACCAAUCAGGGUCUCAUCCAGGUGGUGAAGGUCUUCUUGGAUUGGCUGAGGACGAACACUGAUAUCAUCCUCAUGUGCGCUCAGAGUUCUCAGAGCUUGUGGAACAGACUCUCAGUGCUGCUUAAUUUGCUUCCUGAGGGCAGCAAGAUGUUAGAAACAGAUUUAGGUCUGAAUAAGCAUGUAACAGAACUGCUGAAUGAGUGUGAGCAGCCUGGUUUGGUCCAGACGCUGCUCUUACCAGAGGAUCUGGCCCUCCGUCACCUUCCUGCCCUCAGCGUAGCCCAUCGACGCCUGGACUUCACUAGCCAGAGACCCCCUCUUACCCCUCUGGAUGAGUGUGUGGUGCGUGUGUGCUGCAUUCGCAGCUUUGGCCACUUCCUCACAAAUCUCCAAGGCAACGUAUUGCACUUCAACCCGGAGGCGGGCAUCUUUACCAGCAUCAGCCAAUCAGAGCAGGACAACCUGGUUCAGCAGGCCAAGGCCCAGUUCCGCAUGGUAAAAGACAUGAGAUUGAAUACUUCAAAGCAGUACAGUGCCUCCAUCGCUUUCACGUUGGCUCUGUUCUCCCAUUUGGUCAAUCAUGUCAACAUUCGACUGCAAGCUGAACUGGAGGAGGGCGAGAGUGGCGUCCCACCUCUGCGCACUGAUAACACUGACGACGCUGAUGCCAGAGAUCAUGGUAGUGCUGCUCUCUCAGAGGAGAGAACCCUGCAGAACGGCUCCCUAGAAGAAGAUGAUGAAGAGGAGAACGAGGAGAAGAAGAACAAGGAAGACGAGCCUAAGGGGAACGGAAGGACAGCGGGGACAAAGAAAAGCCUGGAGGAGAAAAGAUCAGCUGAGGAGAAGCAAAAACAGAAGCGGAAGUUCUCACGGCUCUCUAUGCUUCGCCGCAGACGCUGCGCUCACAAGGAGGACGAGAGCGACCUGAGCGAGGGAUUUGAGAGUGAUGAAGAAGAGGAUGAGGAAGGCAGCGGUCUGGUCGACAGUGUGGGAGUUACUACAGUCCAGAUGAACUCUUUAGGAAGGGAAGGGCGGAGGGGACCACUGCCAGAGGAUGGCAACUGGGAAAGUGGUUCGGAGGAGGAUGAGGGCGGCACGGCGUUUGACGUCGAGACGGACUCCGACAUGAACAGUCAGGAAUCUCGUUCAGACAUCGAAGACAUGGAGGAUGCAGAGAAUGUGCCACAACAACAGCAGCAACAAGAGGAAGAUGAGCAACCGCAACCGUCUAGGGAGGAGAACUCUACACCUCCAGUAACCAAUGGCCCGUUAGUGUCUAAUGACGCAAGCAAACCUGCAGACCUGCAGGCCAUGUCCUCUCAGCUAUUCCAAGCCAAACGCUGCUUUCGACUCGCCCCCACCUUUAGCAAUCCACCCUGCCACCCUGCAGCUCCCACUAACCCCGUUCCAGAAUCAAACCCUGCCCCAGUCCAAGAAGCCACGCCUCAUACUGGAGAAAUACCACAAAGCAUGAGUCCAGAGAUUGCUAAUGGAACCAAUGACAAUGAUUCUGAUUCUGAGGGCAGUGAGCACAGCAACCAUUCGUUUCACAGUGAGAAAACCCUUUCUGAGCGACUGGUGAUUCUGACCAAUCAGGGUCUCAUCCAGGUGGUGAAGGUCUUCUUGGAUUGGCUGAGGACGAACACUGAUAUCAUCCUCAUGUGCGCUCAGAGUUCUCAGAGCUUGUGGAACAGACUCUCAGUGCUGCUUAAUUUGCUUCCUGAGGGCAGCAAGAUGUUAGAAACAGAUUUAGGUCUGAAUAAGCAUGUAACAGAACUGCUGAAUGAGUGUGAGCAGCCUGGUUUGGUCCAGACGCUGCUCUUACCAGAGGAUCUGGCCCUCCGUCACCUUCCUGCCCUCAGCGUAGCCCAUCGACGCCUGGACUUCACUAGCCAGAGACCCCCUCUUACCCCUCUGGAUGAGUGUGUGGUGCGUGUGUGCUGCAUUCGCAGCUUUGGCCACUUCCUCACAAAUCUCCAAGGCAACGUAUUGCACUUCAACCCGGAGGCGGGCAUCUUUACCAGCAUCAGCCAAUCAGAGCAGGACAACCUGGUUCAGCAGGCCAAGGCCCAGUUCCGCAUGGCGGAGGAGGAAGCUCGCAGAAACCGACUCAUGAGAGAUAUGGCCCAGUUGCGCCUACAGUUGGAGGUCUCUCAGCUGGAGGGAAGUCUGCAGCAGCCCAAAGCGCAGUCCUCCAUGUCUCCUUAUCUGGUGCCAGAUACCGCGGUUCUCUGCCAGCACCUGGGGCUGCUCAGACAGCUGGCUGCCAGCGGCUGCUUCAUCAUCAUCAUCCCUCGCACAGUGAUUGAUGGUCUGGAUUUGCUGAAGAAAGAGAACUCUGGAGCGAGAGAUGGAAUCAGAUUCCUUGAGACAGAGUUCCGGAAGGGGAACAGGUACAUCCGCUGCCAGAAAGAGUCGGGAAGAAGCUUUGAGAGAGACAAAUUAAAACGACAGGACAUUGAAGCCUGGCACCUGUAUAAGAUGGUGGACAGCUGUCGCCAGCUGACGGGAUCUCAGAGCAGUGGAGAUGAAGACACCGCUGGCAUGGUGACCAUUCUGACAGGACACUCACUAGAGGAGCUGACUGAAAGAUCAGCUUCCAUGAAGGCGGCUGUCCAGGCGGUGACAGCAGCAGGCAUGGAGCUGAAGAGCAUCACUGACUUCUACCGACAGUGGAAAGAGAUGGGCUGAGAGACGGCGUGGGACGCAGGGGGUCGACUCGGCAUUCGGCUGAUCGCACACUCACUCCCCCACUCUCUAUCUCUCUCUCGCUCUCUCUCUCUCGCUCUCUCUCUCCCACUUUACUGCUCUGUCUGUAACUGCGUCUCCAGGGGAAAAAAACUCAAAAGAUGGAGGGUUGGAAGGAAGGAGGGUGCAGGAAGUGUUCAGAGAAAAGAGAAGUCAGAGGAACGGGGGCUUUAACCUUCAACAGCGCAUCCUCGACCCAGACACAGGAGGGUUAGAAGAAGCUACAGGGUGAAAUAACUCCGUUUAAGUGCCCCUGGUACGCCAUAAACAGGCAUAUAUACUGAUAAAUAGAGUGUAUAUGUUUUGAGAGAGAGAAACGAACAUUCAUGUGCAUAUACAUCAAAAACAAACUCAUAAAUCGAAAAAUAUAGAACAGUGUUUUUGGAUUAUUUUUGUCUUCUGGCUACGGUCAUGGGGUUGCACUGCCACAUGGAUGUCUGUGUUCGACCGCAGUGGUGAGCACAGAACAGAAAUCAUCCUGUCUAGCGUUUACCCUCGACUCCCAGAGUCACGAAGGGUUUAGGGUGUACACUUCUUUUUGAUGAUUUGUUCUUUCUAACGUGGCUUUCCCCACUGGGUUUUUUUUUUCUUUCUUUUUGCUGUGUAACUUUGUGAUUUAAUGUAUUGUGUUAUCUGUGUAUGAGCAAGAAGUCUGGCAAAUGUUUUUUUUUUAUUUUAUUUUAUUUUUGUAUGUCAUGUUAUUGCCUUUGUAUGCUGUGCUGAACACACAGGAAUGAGGAUGGGUGUAGAGAUCCAGUCGCAGACAUCAUCUGACUCCGGUCACACUCGGCUGUGCUGACAGAUGUGGAAGUGUUUCUGCUUGACUCUAAACAUGAGAUUACUACUCAGCAAA